AUGGCUACUGUUACUCUCUGUUUUUUAAUCGUGAUUUCGGCCUCCCCGACAUUUUGUAACAAUGGAGGCGUAUUCGAUAAAAUAAAAGAAGGAUUGCGGAACGCACAGAAUUAUUUCAAGACUGCUAAGGACAUCGCUGAUUUGGUGGCAAAAAGCUUGAAUCGCAAAGGAACCCAAAAAAAGGGUGACGAUGGUGAAGAUGGCAAUGAUGGGAAAAAAUCAAAACGAGCCUUUGGAGCAUUUACUUUUGUAUCGACAUUUUUUCGCCUGCUUGGAUUGGAUACACAAAAAAUAACAGCUAUUGCCGUUAAUAGUGUUAUUUUCCUCGCUCAAUUGAUAGGAUCGUUGUUUGAACUUAAUCCACAAGUUGAUCGUGCUAGAUCUGAUGAUACUAAUGACGAUCAAGAAAUGCCGGAUCCAUACAAAUUCAUUAUAGAAAAUAAGAGUGAAAAGAUUCAAAAAUUGGUGAACCAAGCUCAUGAUGAAACCCUUCCAGAACAACUAAUAGAAAGACUCGAUGGCUCUGACACGUCUUGUAUUAAACUUUUGAUUUGCAAAACAAGUCCUAUCAUUAAUGCAGCUCAAAUCUCUUUGAAAAAUAGAUUUCCAGUUCAUCUUCGCCAAAUUACUUCCUGGCUUCCGACAAAAGAACAAUUCGAGGACAAUUCUGAAACAUGUGAACAAAAUCACACUGAAUGUUUAUUGUUUCCAACAGAAUUCAACAUUUGAAUGAUUUUAAAAAAACUUAUUAGUAAACAAUUUUUGGAAUA